ACUAAGGUUAGAGUAAAGUUAUUACGAACACUACUGUUGUCUCUUGCGACCAAAACCCUACUGAAGAUGAAAUCUGUAGCUGCGACAAAUGAUAAGGUAAGCAACAACAACUAUAUACCUGAUGAUAUUGUAUUCUCCAUUCUAUCUAAACUUCCUUUUAAAUCUUUGAAAAGAUUUGAAUGCGUUCGUAAAUCAUGGUCUCUCUUAUUCGAAAAUCAUCGCUUCUUCAACAUGUUCCGUAACCAUCACUUCAUGAACUUGUUCCGCAACAAUCUCUUAUUUAGUUCUAACCGUUGUUCUUAUUACGAAGAUGCAUCUCUCCUCUUAAAGGAUUAUGGAAACGGUUUAUAUUCUCUUUACGGUGACAAGUUUGAAAAUAAGGUUAAAUUAGAUAGUCCAUUUGGAAACCAUGAUAGUACUCAAUAUCUUGGUUUUGGUAGUAUUAAUGGCAUACUUUUUUAUUCUGAAAAAUAUAUAUUCUGGAAUCCAGCUACACCGGCACUCAAGCUCCUUCCGGAGAGUCUGGUGUAUGAGUCGCUUGACGUGUCAGAGGAUGGUUGUGGAAUGAUUUAUACUUCUACUCAUUUUAAUGGAUUUGGUUAUGACGACGUUACAAAUGACUAUAAGGUCAUUCGAUAUGUAUCUGUUACUGGCGAACUUGUUGGCGUCCAACAUAUGUCUCUAGAUGUGUUGGGAUAUAAAUCUUUAUGUUCCUUUUGGGAGAUAUAUAGCCUAAGAAGUGAUACUUGGAGGAAACUGGAGACUGAAAUGCCGCCUUCUUUGGACUGUUUUGAGGGUAGUCAAGUCUACAUGGAUGGAGUUUGUCAUUGGUUUUGUGAAGAAGAUAGCCCUGAUGGACAAUGUGUACUUGUAGUAUCAUUUUACUUGAGCAAUGAGGUGUUGUUCGUAACACCCAUACCCUCGGACGAUGAUUAUUAUGUAUUUGAUGAAACAUCGUGGAUAAACUUGGUGGUGUUAAAUGGGUUUAUUGCAUUGUUCUCAUAUCAUAAAGAUACAACUUUUCAUAUAUCAAUUUUAGGUGAAUUUGGUGUGGAGGAAUCUUGGACUAAACUUUUAACUGUUGGACCAUUGCCUUUUGUUGAGCGUCCUAUCGGAGUGGGGACAAAAGGAGAAAUAUUCUUCGUAAGAAAAGAUGAAGAACUUGUUUGGCUUGAUUUAGGUACCCAAAUGAUUGUGGAGCUUGGUUAUAAAGUAGAUCCUAAUUCAAGUCGGAUAAUAACUUACAAGGAAAGCAUUCUUCCAUUUGAAGGAAUAAGGGACUUGUUUUUCGUGUAUUGAUAUGUUGGAUAUGCUCUUUGUAAUUUUUUCGUAAACUUUUUUUUUUUUUUUUUUCGUUUUGAAUUCACAGAUUGCAUUCUCCAAUACAGCUAGUUGUAUAAAUUGUAUUGUAUCUGUUGAUAGUGGCUUAAGUGUGAUUCGCAAAUUGUAUUGUAUAAAUUGUUUUGGAUUCACAGAUUACAUCCUCCAAUAUUAGCCUAUGAUGAGUUCUGGAAGGUUUUACAAGGAGUUACCAGUGUGGUUUUGUGGUUGACAAUCCAGUAUUGAUUGGAAAUUUUCCGCUUGAAAAUCUGUCUUGUUGCAAUUCGGUUUGCAAUCCAGCAUUGGCUGUGACCGAUAUGUGGAAGGUGUGAGAGGGUGGUUGUCGUCUGUCACUGCGGCGACAGUGAAUGAAAGGAGAUUGUUUCUUUUAUUGAUCUACGUAAAGCUAUUUCCUUUUUCCUCUUCUAAGUUUCUUUGUUGUAGUUAUUGGUUUUAGUCUUCGUACAACUUGCUAAUCUUUACUCAAUUUACUAUUUGAGACAAGAUAAUGGAUAUGUUUCUGGUUAUGGUGUGAGUGUCUAAGGAAGAAGAGAUUAGAUAUCCUUAUCAUGACGCUAUGUGAGACAAGCGAGCACGCGCACACAAAAUUCUGUUCAUGGGGGCAAUGGCAGGUUGCAUACAAGUAGAGUAGUUAUAGCUUUAAGACAUUGUUGCUGUCGCUGUCGAGGGAUUUUCAUCUUCCAAGUUGACAAUCCAGAAUUGAGGAUGCUCAAUGUGCUAUAAACGCAGCACACGUUGAAGCUGAAAGUGUUCAAAAUGGUAUUGGUGUCGUCAAGCUGAUGGGUCGAUACUCGAUACAGUGCGUCAUCGAUACAGUUUCCUAAAUGAUUUAUUGCACAAGGAAAAUGGUCACAUGGUUAUUGUGAUUACUGAAGGAGCGAGACAGGAACUUCUUUUCCAUAACACCAAUUCCAAAAAAAAAAACAGGAUGCUCUGGAAACAAACUUCUUCAAGAUGUUGGGAUUUGGAUAUCCCAAAGUAUAAAGAUCCAACCUAUAUGAUCUCAGUUGUUCCAAGUAAUGCUUCUGAAAAUGAGUACUGCGCACGUCUUGCUCAAAGUUCUGUUCAUGGAGCAAUUGUGGGUUACACUGCCUAUACAAGUGGACUUGUCAAUGGAAGAUAGACUUAUAUACCCUUCUAUCUGAGUUCAUUGAUCAUGAUAUUUUUGCUGGUUUUAAAUUUUAAUAUAUAUAACAUUAUGAGUGUUCGGUUUAGAAAAGAAAACUGAACCGUUAAUGAUUUGUAACAAACCAAAUCAAAUUAGUAUAAUGGUUUGGUGCACCGGUUCUGUCUUCUGAACUGAACUGCAACUACUUUUCAAACUGAACUGUACCAAAUUGUUGUUAUUAACUGGUAUUAGGACUGUUACAAAAAUAUUAGGACUGUUGAAAAAUAUAAACUGAAGUACACUGCAUCAAAAAGAACCGAACUGUGACAGACAGUUCAACUAGGUGGUGAAAUGCCCGUCACAGCUUGAUUUUUCUCGGUGCAGUUUGAUUACGCGGUUUAUUUUCGGUUUUCUUUGGAACACUCCUAGAUGGCAUUUGCAUAUGUUAGUAGUAUUUAUCACAUUUUUCUGCAUGAAUGGCACUCUUUUGGCUAGCUCUCAUCAUGUUUUGUUGCAAUGUUAUGCAGAGAAUCACUUUGAGACAGAACAAUGUUGUCAUAACUCAUAACUGAUGGAAUGCGGGCCAGGCUGUUAUCUUCAACAAAUCAACCUAAAUUCAUAGAGGUCAAGUCUUCCAAUGAAGACAAAAAAGAAGAAAACUCACUGGACCAGUUGGAAGAUCGACAUUGUUCAGAAGACAAUUCGGUUGUUCAGCAGCAAUCCGGGAUUCAUAGCUCCGAUUACGGUACUGGUAUCGCGCACAGGCUUGAAAUACGGUAUUUAAGAAUCAAGAUGUUAAGAAUAUCAAACUAUAGAGAAAGAAAUGAAGAAAUUGUAUUGAUGAAUCAUCUUCGAUUACAUGAAAAAUGAAUGUGUAAGAACUCUAUAUAUAUGAGUUCCUCACUACUACACUACUAUUUACACACAUGUAUUACUACAAGGAAGCUUCUAGAAAUGGUUAUAACUGAAAGGAAAGAGGCUCUAACUAAAGGCAGUUAUGCUGUGAACUCUUGCACUUAGGAUGAAGUGUGCAAAGUUGGCCUCAAGAGUAAGAUUGUAUUUUAACAUCCCCUCUCAAGCUGUGGCUGCUAGAGACUUUGUCAAACAGUCUGCUAGUUGAUCUUCUGUGGUGAUGUGAAGUAGUCUCUUGAGUCCUUGCUGUAGUUUCUCUCUUACAAGAUGACAAUCUAUCUCUGAGUGUUUAGUGCGCUCAUGGAAAACUGGGUUAGAUGCUAUGUGAAUAGCACUCUGACUGUCACAGUAUAUGGCUGGAGGUUUACUGCAUUGUACCUUCAAAUCCUUUAGCAAGAACAAGAGCCAGAUAAGUUCACAUGUAGCACUUGAUAAAGCUCUGUAUUCAGCCUCUGAGGAUGAUCUUGAAACAGUAGUUUGCUUCUUUGCCUUCCAUGAUACAAGAGAUGAACCAAUGAAGAAGCAAUAUCCUGUUGUUGACUUUCUAGUAUCAAGACAACCUGCCCAAUCAGAGUCAGAAAAGCCUAAAAUUUGAAGAUCAGAGCUUCUAGGUAACAAAAUUCCUCUACCAGGGUUGUGUUUGAGAUAUCUGGAUCACUCUACAUGCAGCAUUAUAGUUAUUAACUGUGGGCUUAUGCAGAAAUUGACCGAGUUGUUGAGUGGCAAAGCUAAUAUCCGGUCUUGUGUUAGUCAAGUAUAGUAAUUUCCCCUUCUUAAAAAAAAAAAGUAUAGUAAUUUCCCUAUGAGCCUUCUAUACAAGGAUAUAUCUUCAAAAGGUUUACUGUCAUCAUUGUGGAGUUUGAUAGCUGGAUCAAGUGGAGUUGGUGCUGGUUUGGAUCCUAACAAACCAGAAUCCUUCAACAAAUCUAGACAAUAUUUCCUUUGGGAGAUACUAAUGCCCUCCCUUGAUUAUGCCACCUCUAAGCCUAGGAAAUAUUUCAAAACGCCAAGAUAUUUUGAAUUGACAGUCAAGAAUUUUCUUGAUUCUUUCAAUCUCAACAAGGCUAGUUCCAGCAAGUAUAAUGUCAUCCACAUAAACUAAGAAUCUUACUCAAUUCACUAUUUGUUAUGGUGUGAGUGUCUAAGGAAGAAGAGAUUAGAUAUCCUUAUCAUGACGCGCUUUGUGAGACAGCCGAGAACGCACACACCAAAAUUAUCUUCUCGUUUCUGUAUUAUGGAUCAAACCUAUAUGUUCGACAAGUAGUUGUUCCAAGUAAUGCUUCUGACAAUGUGUACUGCACAAUUAUUGCUCAAAGUUCUGUUCAUGGGGGCAAUGGCAGGUUGCAUACAAGUAGAGUAGUACUUUCAAGGGAUUUUCAUCUUCCUAGUGUGCAGGAUUUAUUGCACAAGAAAAACGGUCACAUGGGUAUUGUGAUUGCUGAAGUAGCGAGACAAGAACUUCAUUCCGAGAACACGCAAUCCGGAAAAAACAGGAUGCUUCUGGAAACAAACUUCUUCACAGUGUUGGGCUUUGCAUAUAGUAUCAAGGGACAUUUCGCCAAAGAGAAGAUACUUGCUAUAACUAUCAAAUAUAUAGAUCAAACCUAUAUGGUCCGAGCUGUUCCAAGUAACGCUUCUGAAAAUGUGUACUAGGCACUUCUUGCUCAAAGUUCUGUUCAUGGAGCAAUGGCGGGUUACAGUGGCUAUACAAGUGGACUUGUCAAUGGAAGAUAGACUUAUAUACCCCUAUAUGAGUUCAUUGAGCAUUAUAUUUGUUCUUGGUUUUAAUAUAUAACAUUACGGGUGUUCGUGGUUCGGUUUAGAAAAGAAAACUGAAAUUUUACAAUAGUUUGAUAAAAGUGAACCGAGCCGUUAAUGAUUCGCCAUGAACCGAGUUCUGUGUUUCCAAAUUGAACUGAAAUUACCUUUACAUACUGAACAAUACCUUUUCGAACUGAACAAAUUCUUUGUGAACUGAACUGUACCAAAUUAUUAUUAUUAACUGAUAUUAGGAUAGUUAGAAAAAACCAAAAACCGAACCAAACCAAAUAUUUGGACUGUUGAAAAAAUAAAAACCAAAUUGAACUACAUAAAAAGAACUGAACUGUGACUGACAAUUCAAGUAGGUCAUGAACAGCAAGUCACAGCGUGAUUUUUUUCGGUGAAGUUUGAUAGCGGUUCGGUUAUCGGUUUUCUUUGGAACACUCCUAUAUAGCAUUUGCAAGGUAAUUUCAAGAAUGGUACUCUUUUGGCCAACUCAUGUUUUCUUGCAGAGAAUCACAGAAUAAUGUUGUGAUAACUUAUAAAAUCUGAGCCAGGUUGUUAAUUUGAACAAAUCAACCUAGUUUUAUGGAGGUAAGUCUACCAAUGAAAGAUCGACAUUGUUCACAAGACACUUCGGUUGAUGCAUUCAGCAGCAAUCCAGGAUUCAUAGCUCUGUUUACAGUACCGUACGGUAUCGCGUUCGUGCUUGAAAUCCAGUAGUUAAAAAUCAAGAUAUUAAAGUUGGCAGAUGGAUAUCAUUCAGAAGACACUUUGGUUAAUGAAAUCACCCCCAUUUGCUUGCUAAUUGUUAUUUUGGGUGGGGGAGUGGUUCAAUUUAGUGGGCAAACGAAUAAGAAA